AUGUUCAAGGUUGUUUUGUUGAGCAUUUUUGUGCUUUUGGCGCUGAGCCAGGCUCAAGAAUCGUCGACUCCACGAAAAUUGACAAAACCACUUUGUGGACUUUGUGUGAAUAUUGUGAAACAGUUGGAUGAGGUUUUGGAGCAUGGUGGAGAUAUUGAAGAGGUGAGAGAUUAGAGAAGUCAGAGAGGGUAGGGAGGGUAGACAGCAUAGAUAGGUUAGAGAGUCUAGAGAGGUGAGAGAGGAUAGGGAGAAUAUAGAGGUCAGGGGAGGUUAGAGAGUCUAUGGAGGUCAGAAAGGGUAUAGAGAGGUUAGAGUCUAGAGAGAACAGAGAGGUCAGGGAGGGUAGAGAGGUUAGGGAGGGUAGAGAGGUCAGGGAGGGUAGAGAGUUUAGAGAGGUUAGAGAGCAUAAAGAGGGUAGAGAUAAUAGAAAGGGUAGAGAGUCUAGAGAGAUCAGAGAGGUUAGAGAGAUCAGGGAGGUUAGAGAGGCUAGAGAGGUCAGAGAGGGUAGGGAGUCUAGAGAGGUCAGAGAGGGUAGAGAGUCUAGGGAGGUCAGAAAGGGUAUAGAGAGGUUAGAGUCUAGAGAGAACAGAGAGGUCAGGGAGGGUAGAGAGGUUAGGGAGGGUAGAGAGGUCAGGGAGGGUAGAGAGUCUAGAGAGGUUAGAGAGCAUAAAGAGGGUAGAGAUAAUAGAAAGGGUAGAGAGUCUAGAGAGAUCAGAGAGGUUAGAGAGAUCAGGGAGGUUAGAGAGGCUAGAGAGGGUAGAGAGAGGUCAGAGAGGUUAGAGAGAUCACAGAGGGUAGAGAGGUCAGAGAGUCUAGAGAGGGUAUAGAGAGCAUAGAGAGGUUAGAGAGCAUAGAGAGCUUAGAGAACCCAGAGAACCCAGAGAAAAACCGCGUUUUUUUUGACAACAAACAAGCUUUAGGUUAUUUUUGACUCCAAAAAUGUUAGAUUCAAAAAUUCUCAACUUCCAGAGUCAAAGCCUAAGCCUAAGCCUAUCUCCUUGACUUAUCCUAACUCAAUCCCCCCCCCCCCAUUAUUUUUUUCCAGGCCGUCGACAAAUUCUGCAAACAAGACGUUCCGUCAUUCCUCGUCGACACUUGCGAAAAAAUCAUCGAAAAAAAUCUGAUCGACAUCAUCAACAAGUUGAAACAACACGAAGAAGCCGAGAAAAUCUGCUCGGAUAUUUAUUUGUGUCGUGAGGAAUAA